UUUGUAAUUAUGACGUUGCAAGUAACCAAACGAACUCUAUAUUUUAAAGUUAAUAAAUUCAGCAUUAUGCGUCAUAACUUCUGCCUAUUUCGGGGUAUCGUAGAGAAUGUAGAAGCAGAGAUGUUAAAGAGAAACUGCUCAUGACACAGAAAGCCGGUUAAAUAAUAUAGAAUAAAUAGCUCGUUGGCUUAAAAAGGAAGGAAGUCUCUUGGCAGACUACAAAAACCGAGAAAGAAAUAUGUCACAGGAAGGUAGAGAUCUCAAUCAUCCAACUACGGGAAAUGUUGCCAAUUCUUUCAGAAACCACUCUAAAGUAAGAAUAAUUGACAAUGAAGAGUGUGGCGCAAAGUAUGUCGGGCAGUUUAGAGCAACUUCUGACCAGUUUUUCAAAAAUGCUCUGCUUGAGAGUUUAUACACUAUGCAGGAGGUACAGCAUACGAUUGUAAGAACCAUCAUAGCGCGUGAUGGAGAGAGAGCCAUGGCCACUAAACUGAGUAGCUGUAUGAAACAGCUGGUGGAUGAACUGAUUUCACUCGAAAGUGGUCAAAAAAAGGCAAGAUCGCCUUUUCGACUUCUAAGAAAACGGCAUGCUGAGACGACGUUGCAUGAUAUUCUGGAGGAGAAAACACAGCAACUUCAGCAGCUCAUGGAAGAACAGGGCAUGUGGCGCUCUGAAGCUCAGCAACUGGCUAGAAAAGCAUGGGACCUUAUAACAGAAUUAGAUUCAAUCUGGCAUCGCCACAGACAGGAAAUACUAAACAUCGAAAUCCACAUGCAACAUAUGAGGAGACAGAUGGAGGAACACCAAAAUCAGUUAGAAAAAGAACAGCUGAAAGUGGAUGAUCUACACUUAUGUAUUGCAGCAGGAAAGGCUAUUAUCGAAUACACAAAGGCCAAACUAGAGAAAAUGCAAAUGUUGGUGGAGGUCGCUGACAAAGAGAAGGAGAACCUUCACAACCAGUCAGAAGAAGAGAGGAGGAAAGUGAAAGAACUUCAAUGUGUUGAAGCAGGACUAGUUGCUGUUGAAAACGCAAAGGCUGGACUGGAGCAGAUCUGCAGACAGUUGGAUAUAGCUGAUAAAGAGAAGGAGAAACUUUGCAACCAGUUAAUAGAAGAGAAGAGAAAGGUGGAAGCCAUUCAGUCAGGAAGUGAUAUGAAACUGACUGCUAGCAAAAACACAGACAUGAAACUGGAAGAGAUCUGCAGACAACAACCGGUCACUAACAAAGAGAAGAAUGAACUUUGUCGCCAUUUAGAAGAAGAGAAGGGGAAAAACCUUCAAUCAUGUGUUGAAGAAGGGCUAUCUACUAAUGCAAACAGAGAGGCAAAAUUGGACCAGAUCCACAAACAGCUGGAAACCACUGAAAAAGAAAAGGCGGAACUUUACAGCCAUUUAGAAGAAGAGAAGAGAAAAGUAAAGAACCUUCAAUCAUGUAUUGAAGUGGCGUUGGCUACUAAUACAACCACAGAGACGAAACUGGAGCAGACCUACAAACAGUUGGAAGCCACUGUCAAAGAGAAGGAGAGACUUCAUAACCAUUUAGAAGAAGAGAAGACAAAGGUGAAGGAUCUCCAGUUGCGUAUUGAAGCAGAACUGGCUACUAAUGAAAAGAAUGAAGAAUUUAAAAAGCUCUUCCAUAAAGAAAAGGAGAAAAACACCUGUCUCUGUGAAGAAAUGAACAAUCUAAAGCUAACAGUUGCUCAGAGCUUUGAGAAGGUUACAGCACUAGAAGGCCAUAUUGUUAAACUCAGGGAAGAGAUAGAAAGAAGCCAAAAAGAAGUAGCUUCUCAAGAGACUCAGACAGAUGUGAUUAAUCACAAAAGAAGGAGAAUACCCUUUAUGUUUAUGGGCAUGUAUUAAAUAAAUACAUUACAUUGCGCAUAUAUUUACUCAAUUAUACCAUUCAUUUUAUUGGACUGCCACACAUUAACCUUUUCUAACUCUGUGCAUUUCAGGCUGACCCAAUUUGGUAGUACUGCCUGAACGUUUCUUCAGAGAAUGCAUGGGAAAUUAUAUGCUGGUGUAAGGCAAGUCAUUCUUGAAGUUUCUUGAAGCUCAGAACUACAAAGAGUGGCCAGAGUAAGUGAAUGAAGGC